AAAUAAAAUAUCUCCCACAAAGCAAACUAUGUAAAAGGACCGUCUUCGUCGAGGCAGUGCCAGUGCUCCUCGAAUUCAUCUUUGGCAUCUCCAUAUAUAUUCAGAGCAUCUCUCUUUCGCAUCUCCUCAAAAGCCCAAAGCAUUUCUCUCUCUCUCUCUCUCUCUCUCUUGUCAUUUAGAGCUUAGAUUUUUCUCUUUUCUUGGCUUCUUGUUCAAUCUAAUCUUCUUGGUUUCACUCGGUAGCGCUUUUGUUGUUUGAUUUCAGCUCUGUUUACAACCGCCUCAGAAUUGUAUAUAAACCUUUCUCCCUGAAGAUUCACCAUCUGGGUUUUCUCUCUCAGUGGGUGCUUCUUCAAUUUCAGCUGUCGAAGAGACUUAUCUUCUGUUUUGCUUGUACUAAUAUUUUGGUCGAUAAUGGAUACUGGGAAGCAAAGCAGUGAGGCCAAAAAGGUUAUAUCUGAAAAAAUGGAGAAGCACCAAGUGAGCUCUUCGAAGGAAGGGAAAGGGAAGAGAUUGUGGAAGACAGUGAAGUACCAGCUUGUAGAAUAUCAUUGUUUGCCAGGUUAUUUAAGGGACAAUGAGUACAUCGUGGGCCAUUAUCGAUCUGAAUGGCCAAUGAAGCAGGUUCUGCUAAGCAUAUUCAGUAUCCAUAAUGAGACUUUAAAUGUUUGGACGCAUUUGAUUGGGUUCUUCCUUUUCCUUUCCCUGACCAUAUGCACUGCCAUAAAGGUUCCUAAGGUUAUUGACCUUCACUCUCUACAACUUCCAGACAUGUUGAAAGCUGAUUUGCACAAAUUGCAGGAAUGCCUCCCUUCUUUACCCACCAUGCCUAAUAUUCCCAGACUUAGGGAGGAAAUAAAGGCUACAUUGCCCUCAAUGGAUUUGCUUCCAUCUCUCCCAGGAUGGCACAUUAUGGAACUUCUAUAUAAUUGCUUGCCUGAACGAUUCUCCAGUGAAAACCACACAAAUGUCUGUGUUCUGCGUAGCAUGAAGGAGGAUGUGGUGAACAUGAUCGCCCCCCUGAUGGUGAGGCCAAUCACACGAUGGCCCUUUUUUGUUUUCCUCGGCGGGGCCAUGUUUUGCUUGCUAGCUAGCAGCACAUGCCACCUUCUCUCCUGCCACUCCGAACGCAUGUCAUACAUUAUGCUCAGGCUUGACUAUGCCGGAAUUGCAGCCCUCAUCUCUACCUCCUUCUACCCUCCUGUCUAUUACUCCUUCAUGUGCAGCCCUUUCUUCUGCAAUCUCUAUUUGGGAUUCAUAACCAUCUUGGGAAUUGCCACAAUCUUGGUUUCUCUUCUGCCAAUGUUUGAAAAGCCAGAGUUUCGCACCAUUCGAGCAGCUCUCUUCUCUGGCAUGGGCUUGUCUGGAAUAGCACCGAUCCUGCACAAGCUUAUCUUGUUCUGGCACCAGCCUGAGGCUCUCCACACAACAGGCUAUGAAGUUCUGAUGGGGGUUUUGUAUUUAAUUGGGGCUUUGGUUUAUGCUACAAGAAUUCCAGAGCGAUGGAUGCCUGGAAAAUUUGAUAUUGCAGGGCACAGCCACCAACUUUUCCAUAUAUUUGUAGUGGCUGGGGCUUACGCUCAUUAUCAUGCUGGGCUUGUUUACCUCAAGUGGAGAGACCUGGAAGGCUGUUAGAGAAAUUAUAUUCAGAAUCUUAACAAGUAAAUUUGUGGAUGAAAUCCUAGGAAAUUGCUCUGUAUAAAUAAACAUCUAGACUCUGGAUGUAAGAACCCAGAGGGAAAAGCAGAAUGCUAUUUCCUCAAUUCUGUGUAUUUGGACAUGUGCUGUGAUAAUUACUGCCUGCAAUGGUUGUAGAUUCACAGUUUUAAAAGAAAAAUAAAAGGGUUCGUUUAUGAA